GCGCCGCCUGGGCCUGCGCCGGCCGCGCCUGCCCCGGGGGGCGCCCGGCUCCGCGCCGCCCCUCCUCGCCCCCGCCCGGCGCGCGCCCGGCCUUCCCAGCAAGAUGGCAACCCCGGCGGCGGUCAACCCUCCGGAAAUGGCUUCAGACAUCCCCGCGUCGGUGACAUUGCCUGUUGCCCCCAUGGCAGCCACUGGACAGGUGAGGAUGGCCGGGGCCAUGCCUGCCCGCGGAGGAAAGCGGCGUUCUGGAAUGGACUUUGAUGAUGAAGAUGGUGAAGGUCCCAGCAAAUUUUCAAGAGAGAACCACAGUGAGAUUGAAAGGCGGCGGCGAAACAAGAUGACUCAGUACAUCACCGAGCUCUCCGACAUGGUCCCCACGUGCAGCGCGCUGGCCCGGAAGCCGGACAAGCUCACCAUCCUGCGCAUGGCUGUCUCGCACAUGAAGUCCAUGCGGGGCACGGGGAACAAGUCCACGGACGGCGCCUACAAGCCUUCGUUCCUAACGGAACAGGAACUGAAGCAUCUCAUCCUUGAAGCAGCUGAUGGAUUUCUGUUUGUAGUGGCGGCUGAGACAGGGAGAGUGAUUUAUGUGUCUGACUCCGUCACCCCCGUGCUGAACCAGCCCCAGUCAGAGUGGUUUGGGAGCACCCUCUAUGAACAAGUGCAUCCUGAUGAUGUGGAGAAGCUGAGAGAGCAGCUGUGCACUUCAGAAAACUCAAUGACAGGCCGAAUCUUGGACCUGAAGACUGGGACAGUCAAGAAAGAAGGGCAGCAGUCGUCCAUGAGGAUGUGCAUGGGCUCCCGGAGGUCCUUCAUCUGCAGGAUGAGGUGUGGAAAUGCUCCUUUGGACCACCUUCCUCUAAACAGAAUAACCACCAUGAGGAAAAGGUUCAGGAAUGGCCUUGGCCCUGUGAAAGAAGGAGAAGCCCAGUAUGCUGUGGUCCACUGCACAGGCUACAUCAAGGCUUGGCCUCCAGCAGGAAUGACUAUACCUGAAGAAGAUGCUGAUGUGGGACAAGGCAGUAAAUAUUGCCUUGUGGCAAUUGGAAGGCUCCAGGUGACCAGCUCUCCUGUGUGCAUGGACAUGAGUGGGAUGUCGGUGCCCACGGAAUUCUUAUCCCGGCAUAACUCCGAUGGGAUCAUCACGUUUGUGGACCCAAGAUGCAUCAGUGUGAUUGGCUACCAACCCCAGGAUCUUCUAGGAAAAGACAUUUUGGAGUUCUGCCACUCUGAGGAUCAGAGCCACCUGAGGGAGAGCUUUCAGCAGGUGGUGAAGCUGAAAGGCCAAGUGCUAUCGGUCAUGUAUCGAUUCCGCACCAAGAACCGGGAGUGGGUGUUGAUUCGCACCAGCAGCUUCACCUUCCAGAACCCCUAUUCCGACGAGAUUGAGUACAUCAUCUGCACCAACACCAACGUCAAGCAGCUUCAGCAGCAGCAGGCGGAAUUGGAAGUGCACCAGAGAGAUGGGCUGUCAUCGUACGACUUAUCGCAGGUUCCUGUCCCCAACCUACCAGCCGGGGUUCACGAGGCCGGGAAAUCUGUGGAAAAGGCAGACGCAAUCUUUUCCCAGGAAAGAGAUCCGCGGUUUGCAGAGAUGUUUGCAGGAAUCAGUGCAUCGGAGAAAAAGAUGAUGAGCUCAGCUUCUGCAGCAGGAAGCCAACAGAUCUACUCCCAAGGAAGCCCGUUUCCCCCCGGACACUCGGGAAAGGCCUUCAGCUCUUCAGUGGUGCACGUGCCUGGUGUGAAUGACAUCCAGUCCUCCUCCUCAACGAGCCAGAACAUGUCCCAAAUCUCCCGGCAGCUAAACCAGAGUCAGGUGGCGUGGACAGGGAGUCGACCACCCUUUCCCGGACAGCCAAUCCCCUCUCAGUCCAGCAAGACUCAGUCUUCUCCCUUUGGGAUUGGAACGAGCCACACCUACCCGGCAGACCCCUCCUCCUACAGCCCUCUCUCCAGCCCAGCCACCUCCUCGCCCAGCGGGAACGCCUACUCCAGUCUUGCCAACAGGACUCCAGGGUUCGCUGAAAGUGGACAAGGUAGCGGGCAGUUCCAAGGGCGGCCCUCGGAAGUCUGGUCGCAGUGGCAAAGCCAGCACCACGGACAGCAGAGCGGUGAGCCGCACUCCCACCAGCAGCCCGGUCAGACUGAAGUGUUCCAGGACAUGCUGCCCAUGCCAGGAGAUCCAACCCAGGGGACCGGCAACUAUAACAUCGAAGACUUUGCCGACCUGGGCAUGUUCCCGCCGUUUUCUGAGUAGCUGCGGGCAGAGCGAGGCUUCCGCCGUGCAGUGCCCCCCAUGCUGUGACAUCGACGCCCACGUGAACGGGGCCCCCCCCCGCCCUGCUUGACCGGCCACAGGGCCCCCCCAGCAGAAGACAUCUCACCCCCCGCGUUCCCCUCGCCGCCACAGUGUUGCUCAGCUUCUCACCCGCAGCCGUGGCUGCUUGGCCACCGACCAGGAGCCCGGUAGACAUCGGGGGCUGGUUCUGCUUAUCGUACCUCACCUGUGUGUGCUUGGGAGCCAAGCCCAUUGGGUUCUUAAGAGCUGGGUGUGAGUAAUCUCAUAGUAGACAAUUUUCAUCUAUAACAAUUUCAGUUACAGUCCAGAGAGCCCAGUCAGCACCCCCAGGCUUCCCCGGGAAGCUGGAGUCUGGUUUCUUCUGGCCUUUAACUUCUGUGUCCAGGUGGGGCUCAGGGGUGUUGGGGAAGGAGGCGAGCGGGAUGCACAGCCUUUGUUCUCAGAGCUGGACAUGAGGCACCCGGGGAUACUGAGGUAGACGCCGGCUCCUCUGUUCCCUGGCUCAGCCACGUCUGUCUGGGCAUCCGUCGUGCCGUGAGACGUGUGUACGUGGUGCAGUGUGAUGUGAAUCCUUGUUCUGAUGGAUGUGUUGUGCCCCAUGUCUGUUGUGUGCAGCCAGAGUGAGGGUGUAGAAUCCAAGGUGUGUGGCGAGAGUGACAGCCCAGAUGUGCAGCCCCUUCCAAGCUGAGCAGGACACCCAGGCUGGAGGAAGCCAGGCUCAGGGCCUGGGCACCGGGUGGACAGGCUGAGCUGAGCAAAUGGACACUUCACAGCAUCACCAGGAGUCCUGGCCAGGAGCUACUCACUUUGAUGGGUCAGUUCUUUGGUCCGAGCCCCCCAGGUGCAGGUUCAGAGUCCACAAGAGCGCCCACCCUUUCCUCACUGGGUCUGAAGAGCAGCCCCCCCUGGUUCCCCCAGAGUUUCUCAUUCUUGUCCCUGCCCGAUGGCUGCAGGAGGCACCCCUUGAGUUCACAGAGACCCUGGCCCUGCUGUGGAGGUGUGAGGGGGAGGGCUGGGCGCCCAGGCCUCCCAUCCUUCUGUGCUUUCCCGGGACCAACCUCUGGAGACGGCUGAGGGGUGAACCCUGGGUGUGAAGGUGGGAACUCUGAGACAUUCCCCUCCAGGCUGCUUGAGCCUUCUUUCUUCAGCCAGCUGGGAACAGUGGCGUCUAGGGGGAUGCAGGGGGUCCUGAGUGCGGGCCUCUGAGGCAGAAGCCUUGGACUCCCGUUCUGGUUCCAGUUCUAAUUCUGCCACACACUCGCCAGGGCCUUGAAUUCCUCAGGUGGUCUCAAGACAGAGUAAGAGCUGACUUCUAGAAGCUUCUGCUUGCCUGACCUCUGAGCCCCUGGCCCCUGGCUUGCUGUGUUUCCCUCAGAUUUAAGGAGAGGAGUUUAAGAAUCUAUCCCCUCUGCCCCCGUUUUUACUUACCUUUGCCCCCUCCCACGCCCUUGACACUAAGGAAAGAAACUCUCGUGUCCUCUUCUUUUCCUGAUGGUCACCCUCCUGUCCUGUGCCAGCAUCCUGUGAGCUCACCGACUCCCACAGGGGAGAAACGCUUCCUGUGCGUGGCUGUCUCGGGGCAGGUGGAGGAGCCCAUCCACAGGGAAAGCCGACCUGUCAGGCACCUGGCUCGGAAACAACCCUUUUAUACUCCUCCUCCUGGGACUCGGAGGGGCCAGGCAUGGUGGGCUUGCUUCUAGGCUGCCUGAGUGGGGAGUGAGCCCGGCCUGCGGGAAGGAGCCCGGGGAGAAUGUUUGCUCUCAUCCUCUGAAAGCUCUGCAUUAAACCCCAGCCCUGGCUGGCAUCCAGAGGGGGUGUGUGCCCAGUCCUGCUUGGGGAGCUCCAGCUAUAAAAGUCCAGCAUUGUUCAGGAGAGUGGCCGGUAGCCAGCUUUGUGUGAUCCCAGUUCCUAGGCUCUAAAUUAACACUGACUUUACAGUUUCUAGAGUGGUUUUGAAUCCUUUUGUACAUAGUGGUGACUGGAUUUGGGAUUUAGAUGCACAUGAUGUCCUUUUACACUUAGGAGACUUUUGGCUUCUGGGAAAAUGGCAAGUGGUUGAAACUCCACUCACGCCGUGAGUACCAGACCCAGAAGGGGCUUCCCCAGGGGUGCCCUGCCCUUUGGGACACCUCUGCCCCUGGCAGCCUUGAGCUUGCCCUAGGCAGUGGACUUAUUUCCCAAAAAGACAUUAAAAGUAGCUUUUGGAUCAAAGAAUGGUUUCCCAGUGAAAUGAAAACAGACUUUUUGUGGCUUUUAGUCUCUGAGUUUGGAAAUUUGUUUUUCGGGCAGGGGGGUGGGGUAUGUUUGUCUUUCCUUCUGGUUUUGGAGGGCACUUGGGGGGUUUCUGAGGUGCACACGCUGGUCCGCACGCUGACUGGGAGCCUGCUGCCCACCCGUGCUGCGCUGGGCACCAAGGGCAUGCAAAAGGACAGAGCAGGACAGCCCUGCCCCCAGGGACCUGUCAUCCACUUUACCCGCUUACACAGUGUCUAGGGUGAGGACCACUCAAUUCUUGGUCCUAGAAGUUGAGGAUUCAUGGGCGACUGACAGCCAGACAUAACAGGGAAGCAUCCUGACUACACAGGCCCAACCUCCCCCUUCCAGCUUCGUCCCAGGAGCCCCGGCGCGGGCUCCGACUGCAGUCUGACAGGCGACUCGGGUUCUCUGUUUUCUCUACUCCCCGCUCUACUCUGUGGCUGUGAUUCUUAGAAGCCACCACGUGGCCACUAAGAAAACAGAGAGGACUGAGAGGAUCCCACAUCCCAGGGAGUCUCUCCCCAAGGAAUUUUAAGACAAACUGGAGUGAGAAUUAGAGCCCUAGAGGGUCUAAUUAUCCCAGUUUGCAGAAGAACCUCCCUUGCCGGUCCCGCCCAGCCAGGAGGCCAGGUGCCCACGGACCCUGUGUUGGCGUGGCCUCAGCCCCAAUUCCUCUCCUCCUGGAGAUGGAGGCAAAGCUGGCUUGGGAAGGGGAGCGGCACCUAGGACUUUGGCUCUAGGACUCACUGCCUCGGUCACACCUCAUCUCACAUCCACUCGGCCUCCGGCUGGCUUUCCUUAGGCUGAGCAACCAGAAGCCUUUCCACCCGAAAGGGCCGUGCGGUGGCUGCCUGAGCCAUUGGUGAGGCUCAGCCUGGCCUUGGUUAGAGACUGCAACAGGGGCUCCAGAGGUUCUAGAGCACCCUGCCUCUAUGUCCCUCUCCACUAGCUUUGUCUUUAGUUUCGGUUUCAGGGAGCGUAGAGCAUCACAAAAAGCCACAUUCUUCUCUAUUUCUCAGUUUAUCAAAUUCAGCCCUUCCAUUGUUUCCUGAAUAGCUGUUACAAUGAGUAAGAUUCUGAUAGUUGAUGGGACUGACAUCAGAGAGCCUGAAUCUCCUGUGCCAACGAUGAAGAGACUGUGUUCCGCAGACUAGCCACCGUGGACACUAUCAGUGCUGCGGCCAGGCUUGGCCAAGAGAUGAGUCAGGCCCCAGGGAAAUGAGUGUGUUCCCUUCCGGCCACAUCAGCACCUUGGCCAGCAGAUGAGCAGUGACCUUCUACCCACUGGGCCCACCUGCUCCCGAACGGUUAUGACCUGCCACAUAGGCAAGGCCAAGCCAGUCACCUAACAGCUCUAGCCAGUGACAAGUCAGGAUGGAAAUGCUCCUUGUGUUACCAGAAAGCAUGGGUUCAGUCAUGAGGUCGCUGUGUCCUGACUUGCCGGAACAGCCCAACUUGUCCGUUCCAACCCUGUCCCCGCCACCAGACCCUUAUCUUGUGUAUGAAGGGACCUGGCUGUUCUCCUUUUCCUCGGCUGCCUGGGGUCUGGGGCAACUUGAAGAGGCAUCAGACCACAAUGCAGGCACAUGGUCACAUGCAGGUGUGCCUGGGUCUUGGAGCCAGAGCCUAUGGGGCAAUGAGUGUGGAGGCAGGAAAAGGGAGGUCUCACGGGAAAAGGGCAGCUUGCUUCCGGUAACAAUCUCUUUUUCCUUCCAAGAUGAGAGAGUUCACAGAUGAGCUUCAGUGGACCAUUUAAGCACUUGAUCGUUUCUCGUUUAACCUUUCUUAUUAUGAAUGUGAACUGUGCUGUGGAUAAAUCAUCAUUUGUAUUUCUUGAAUGUUCUCUAUGACUAACAGUUAUUAAGUCAGUUGUGUAUAUGUGUAACUAAUGUAACUGCCUUUUAAAAUUUCAUUACAAUAAAAAUGAC